UGUUGCUUCAUGGACUGUCAGCUCUAUGAGUUUCUCUACAUUAAUGAGAAUAAGACCUGGACUGAAGCUCAGCAGUACUGCAGAGAGAAACACACUGACCUGGUCACAGUGACUAACAUGAAGGACAUGAAGAGACUCAUCAACAUCUCAGCUGGACGUCAGAGUGAAGCUUGGAUUGGUCUGUAUGACCAAACACAUGGUACCAGAACAUGGUACUGGUCUCAAUCUGAAGUGGAUUUCAAUGAAAGUGAGACAAACUGGAAUCCCUCAACAAGUGAACCAAGUGAUAGUGGAGGAGUUGAAAAUUGUGGGUUUAUGUGGAAAACCCUCAAGUGGGGAGAUUUGUCCUGUAAUGACCGUUACAUUUUUCUGUGCUAUAGUGAAACAAAUGAAUCAAAGACAUUUCACUUGAUUAAAGAAGAGAAGACCUGGCUAGAAGCUCAGAGUUACUGCAGACAGAAUCACACAGACCUGGUCAGUGGAACGAAGCAGCUACAGGACCAGCAACUCAAAAAUGUAUGCAGCUCUUUAGGACAAAAUCAGUACAUACUUAACGGUUUAUUCAGAGACACCUGGAGGUGGUCAGAUGGAAGCAGUUUCUCUUUCAGACACUGGAAUCUACAGUUUAACAAUCAGAGAUUCAACAGUGGUCAAUGUGCCAUGACUGUGUUUGAUGAUGGAGGCAGAUGGAAGAAUGUGAACUGUGCUGAAAGAAAACCCUUCAUCUGUUAUGAUGAUAAAGUGAUCCUAGUCAAAGAAAAUAUGAACUGGUCAAAAGCCUUAAACCACUGCAGAACUCACCACCAUGACCUGGUCACCAUCACCAACAUGGAUGAACAGCGAUGGAUCCAGGAGAAAGUCAAGAACGCAUCGACUGAUUACGUCUGGAUGGGUCUGCGCUUCAACUGUACUCUGAAUUUCUGGUUCUGGGUCUGUCCCGGGAUGACAACCUUUAACAUCUCAGACGGAGCGACGGAUGACUGUAACAUAUCUGGCUGUAUGGAUGUCAGAGGACAACAUAGAUGGUUUAAUAAAAAUGCUACAGAAGAGUUUAAUUUUAUCUGUAAGAUUUAAAUCUCACUAAAUGCUUUUACAAGGUUUUUAUUCACAUACUUGUUUCUUAUGCUUGUUUUUAAAUUACUGACAGUAAAGUAUAAUUGCAGCUCCAAGUUCUGGAAAUAACUAUCCUUUUUUAUAUUAUAUUGACCCGAAUGAUCACGGAAUUUGUUCACACUUAGAGUAAAAUAUACUCUAAACAAUUUGCUGUGAAGGUUUACAGUGAAAAUUAUAACCCUGCUUUGGAGACUUUUAUAGCAAAAACAUGUACAUAUGCAUUUUUCUGUGACUCACUGUUCUAUAAUUGUUUUUAUCAUAGAAGACGUGGGACCAGUUUUCAAUUUAUGUCAGGAAAUGGUAGAAGGUACAGCCAAACAUCUGUGAGUUUUAACAUCGGUAAAAAAGUCAUUCUCGCAGAACUUCCUUUACACUCUGACCAACCGAGAUUAUAUCAUCAGUCAUUUGUUGGCAUUUUUUUAUUUGUUUUGUACAGAGUUUAUGCUUUAAUGGACUUCUGUCCAAUUUUAGAUUCUUUUUUUUUUUUACAUUCUCUGAAGCUCAUGUAAACAUAGCCCCACAUUCACUAUGGAAAACAGGGUGGAAUAGAAAUCAAAUAAGAAAGGGCUGGAAAUAUGUGUGGUGCUUUGCUGUUCAUCAGCUGAAUGAUUAGAAUAAAUUAUAUGAUGGUAGUAAAGUUUUGGGAAAAUAUUUUAAACUCACGCUGAGUGACUGCAUCACAGUUACUGAUUUGAUUUACGAAUCAACAAAUUUUCCCCAUGUUAUAAUCAUUUUCC